AUGAGUGAUUUCGAGCCUUUAGAGCCUUCGUUAAGAAACGUAAUCGAACAAACAACUCUCAAAUGGAUUUUCGUGGGUGGAAAAGGCGGUGUAGGGAAAACAACGUGCAGUUGUAGUUUAGCCAUACAACUGUCAAAAGUAAGAGAAUCUGUGUUAAUUAUAUCGACUGACCCCGCACACAACAUAUCAGACGCCUUUGAUCAAAAAUUUAAUAAAGUUCCGAACUUGGUUAAGGGUUUCAAAAACUUGUACGCCAUGGAAAUUGACCCCAACAUUGGACUGAACGAACUUCCCGAAGAGUAUUUUGAUGGCGAAGAAGAUGCUAUUAAAUUAAGCAAAGGCAAGAUAUCAACAAGAUACAAAAUCCCCUCAUAUGAGGCAAUGAGCUACGCGGAAGUGAUGCGUUUAAUAAAAAGCAUGAAUUUUUCAACUGUGGUCUUUGAUACAGCCCCAACAGGUCACACAUUACGGUUACUCUCAUUUCCACAAGUGGUAGAAAAGGGUUUGGGUAAAUUAUUGCGCUUGAAAAUGAAGCUGACACCCUUGAUGUCACAGUGCAGCACUUUAUUUGGGAUGCCUGAUUUAAGUGCCGAUAAUUUUACCUCAAAACUAGAGGAUAUGUUGAGUAUUAUUAAGACAAUGAAUGAACAGUUUCAAAACCCAGAUCAAACAACUUUUGUAUGUGUUUGCAUAGCUGAGUUUCUGUCUUUAUAUGAAACCGAGCGUUUAGUGCAAGAACUGACUAAAUGCAAAAUUGACACACAUAACAUCAUUGUUAAUCAAUUGCUGUUCAAAAAACCCAAUGAGUUGCCUUGCAAAAUGUGUUCCGCUCGAUACAAAAUCCAAGAAAAGUACCUCGAUCAAAUCAACGAUUUGUAUGAAGAUUUUCAUGUAACAAAACUACCGUUGUUGGAAAAAGAGGUUAGAGGGGCCGAUAGCGUUAAAUCUUUCUCGGAAAAUUUAGUAAAGCCUUACACAAUCUAG